AAGAAUUCUAUAUCAGAAUUCAGAAAAGACCUCCCUUUUCUGUUGCAGGAAGGACUAGGAGAUGGGAGAAGUGAAGGUCGUUGGGUCUUCUCCUAGCCUUUUCUGUUACAGAAUUGAAUGGGCUCUUAAGCUUCAAGGGAUUGAAUAUGAAUAUCUAAAAGAGGAUUUAAGAAACAAGAGUCCCUUGCUUCUCAAGUAUAAUCCAGUCCAUAAGAAGGUUCCAGUGUUCUUGCACAACGGCAGACCGAUUGCAGAGUCUCUUGUCAUCCUUGAGUACAUCGACGAGACGUGGAAGAACAAUCCUUUGCUGCCUGAAGAUCCUCAUGAGAGAGCUCUGGCACGAUUUUGGGCUAAAUUUGGAGAUGAGAAGUGUUUGAUGGGUGCAUGGGCAGCAUUAUGUGCUGAAGGACCUGAAAAGGAGAAAGCUGUAGAGACUGCGAUGGAGACACUGAACUAUCUCGAGAAGCAGAUUGAAGGGAAGAAAUUCUUUGGAGGAAAGACGAUUGGGUUUCUCGAUCUGGUGAUUGGAUGGAUCCCACACUGGCUCGAUGUGUUAGACGAAGUUGGAGGUAUGAAGCUAUUUGAUGCAGAGAGAUUCCCGUGUCUCCAUGAAUGGGCUCAGAAUUUUAUCCAAAUUCCCAUUAUCAAGGAUUGUCAUCCUCCUAGAGAUGAGAUGGUUGCCUACUUCCAAUCAAGCCGACAAUACAUGCUUUCAUUAGCUGCUAAGAAGUGAUUAAUUAUAUUUUCUUUAUCAGUUGGAGUUUUGUGAAGAUUUUACAUUUAUUAUAUAUAUAUAUAUAGAUGGUUAAA